AUGAAUGGCGGAGCCACGCGCGCCAUGAGGAGCCUGCCGAGCCUGGGCGGCCUCGCCCUGUUGUGCUGCGCCGCUGCCGCCGCCGCAGCCGCGGUCUUAACCACCUCGCCGGGGAAUGUCACCGGUGGCGGCGGGGCCGCGGGGCAGGUGGACGCGUCGCCGGGCCCAGGGCUACGGGACGAGCCUACUCACCCCUUCUUUAACGCCACGGCUCAGGCUCCCACCGUCCAGGCCCAGAGGACCGGACCCCAGCGUACUACCGUCCACGGACCCCUGGCUGCGACCUCUGCAGCCCAGUCUCCGGAGACCACCCCUCGGGCGACGGCCGGAUCCAAUCCGACCACCUUCCAGGCUCCUCCCGGCUCGUCGCCGACCACCCCGCGGGCGGUGGAACCAACGCCGACCCACCCUCGGUCUUCUACCAGACCCGCGGCGACCACCCUCUCGGCCACCACUGGCCCGGCGCCGACCACCCCUGUAGCGACCACUUCUCCGGCGCCCACCGCGCUCCAGACCCCGACCUCCGUUCUCCCCGGCAGCAGCAGCGUCCCGCCCACCCCACCUGCCACCGAGGUCCCUUCUCGGCCCCCAGAGUAUGUAUGCAACUGCUCUAAGGUGGGAAGCUUGGAUGUGAAUCGCUGCAGUCAGACCACAGGGCAAUGUGAGUGUCUGCCAGCUUAUCAGGGGCUUCGCUGUGAAACCUGCAAGGAGGGCUUUUACCGGAAUGACACUAACAGUUCUGGGCUCUGUCUGCCAUGUGACUGUAGUCCAGAUGGAGCCCUCAGCAUACUCUGCAACAGUUCUGGGAAAUGCCAGUGCAAAGUGGGUGUCACUGGUUCUACAUGUCACCGAUGCCAGGAUGGAUAUUAUGGCUUCACCAAGAGUGGCUGCCUACCCUGCCAAUGCAGUAAUCGUUCUGCCAGUUGUGAUGCCCUCACAGGUGCUUGUUUAAACUGCCAGGGAAAUAGCAAAGGGGAUCACUGUGAAGAGUGCAAAGAAGGCUUUUAUCAGAGUCCUGAUGCCAAUAAAGAAUGUCUUCACUGUCCUUGUUCAGCAGUGACAUCUACAGGCAGUUGCAUCAUAAAAUUGGGUGAAUUGGAGCCUAAAUGUGUCCAGUGUAAAGAUGGUUACACAGGCCGGAACUGCAAUAAAUGUGAAAAUGGUUAUUACAAUUCUGACAGCAUCUGUAUACAGUGCCAAUGUCAUGGCCACGUGGACCCCGUUAAGACUCCAAAGAUUUGCAAGCCUGAGAGUGGUGAAUGCAUUAAUUGCCUCCAUAAUACCACUGGGUUUGAGUGUGAGAACUGCCUAGAAGGUUAUGUUCACAACCUCGAGGGAGAUUGCAUCAAGAAAGAAGUUAUUGUUCCAACACGUGAAGGUUCUACCAUUUUGGUUCCCAAUGCCUCUCUGACCACAUCAGUGCCCACCCCUGUUAUAAAUAGUACAUUUACCCCCACAACUCUGCAGACUAUCUUUUCAGUAAACUCUUCUGAAAACAGUACUUCAGCUUUAGCUGAUGUAUCAUGGACCCAGUUUAACAUCAUCAUUUUGACAGUCAUCAUCAUUGUAGUGGUGCUGCUGAUGGGAUUUGUUGGGGCUGUAUACAUGUACCGGGAAUACCAAAACCGGAAACUGAAUGCCCCUUUUUGGACCAUCGAGCUGAAAGAAGAUAAUAUCAGUUUCAGCAGCUACCAUGACAGCAUUCCCAAUGCAGAUGUGUCAGGAUUGUUGGAAGAUGAUGGCAAUGAAGUGGCUCCCAAUGGGCAACUGACCCUGACGACACCCAUGCACAACUACAAAGCCUAA